UCACCAGACAGGGAAAGGAUCUCGGUCAGUUGCUCUUCAUGGCAGCCAGGACGCCUCUGGAAAUCCUCCGGGAUGAAGCCUGCUGCUCCAUCUGCCUGGAAAUAUUCCAGGACCCCGUGUCCAUCUCCUGUGGGCACAGUUUUUGCCGGUCGUGCAUCACUCGGACCUGGGAAGGACGGACCACCAAUUUCUCCUGCCCCCAGUGCAGGAAGACAGUGUCCCGGAAGAGACUCCGUCCCAACAGGGAGUUGGCCAACGUGAUUGAAGCAGCCAAGAGCUUGAACCUGCAACCUGUCAGAGAGGUGGAAGGAGGGGAGAACUUGUGCGAGGAGCACCAGGAACCCCUGAAGCUCUUCUGCCAAGACGACAAAAGGCUUAUCUGCGUGGUGUGUGACAGGUCCAAGGUGCACCGUGACCACUUUGUGGUUCCCAUGGAUGAGGCUGCCCAAGAGUACAAGAAACAAAUUGAGACCCAGCUGCACCUUCUGAAAUCAGAGCAAGAGGCGCUUCAAUCUUCCGUCAAGGACAGAGAAGACAGACUCAAGGACCACACUGAGAGGACAGAAGCUGCAAAGCAGGAGAUUGUGAGGACAUAUAGGAAGCUGCACGAGUUCCUGGAGAAGCAGGAGUCUUCUCUUCUGGCUGAGCUGGAGCAGCUGGACACAGAGAUAACAAAAGCCCAUGAAGAAAUCCUCCAGGGUCUUUUGGAGGAGACGACGAGGCUGGGCACGCUGAUUGGGGAGAUGGAGAGGACCUCCCAGCAGCCAGAGAGAGCUCCUGAAGGUGAGAGCCCAGGCUUUCCAACCUGGCUGGGAAGGCCCACCUUGAGCUUGGUCUCCAGCCCUCGCUUGUCUCCCCCAACCCACUCCAAGAGGGACUUCCUUAGAGUGGGACCCCGGUACUCCAAGGGGAGGUGUUCCAUCUCACUGAGUCUCUUUUUCUCUCUCCUCCAGGACAUCAGAAUCACCUGGAGCAGGGGCCAGAGGGAAACGCUCUCCCACUCACUCCAGAUUUCCCCGGAGCUGGAAAAGAAAUUCUCUGAUUUCACAGAGGAAUCUGCAGCCAUCAGGGAGGCUCUUGUGAAAGUUCCAGGUUUACUUAAUCUUGAUCUUCUGUUGACAACACAGAUGACGCUGGAUCCGGAGACAGCCAGCGCCAGACUUUAUCUCUCGGAAGACUGCAAGCUCCUGUGGUGGAAAGACUGUGAGCAAGACCUGCUCUUCAACCCGAGGAGGUUCAAUGUUUUUGAGUGUGUGCUGGGCUCGAGGGGCUUCACAUGGGGGUGCCACCACUGGGAUGUGGAGGUCCACAGAGAAGGUGUGUGGGCCAUUGGGGUGGCCAAGGAAUCAGUGCCAAGGGACUGUUGGUUGCGCCUGAAGCCCGAUGAGGGUGUAUGGGCCCUGUGUCAUAAUAAGAAUGGUUACGUGGCUCUGACCUCUCCUUAUGACACCCUCUUGACUCUACGCAAGGUCCAAAAGCGGAUACGAAUCUGCUUGGACUAUGAGAAAGGGAGGGUGGUGUUUUUUUAUGCCCUGAGCAAAGAACAGAUCUUUGCUUUUCCACCAGCAUCUUUCCAAGGGGAGAGAGUCUUCCCGUGGUUCACGGUGAAGGGGGAUGCUCAACUCAAACUUCUCUCCUAA